ACCACUACGUUUAUAACGUUAAAAAUUAAUGAUAGUAUGAAUCAUCAUACUAUGAUAGAAAUAUAAUAAUUAAAAAAUAAUUAGGUCUAGUAACUAAACAACAGCCACAAUAUGUAGAACUAUAUUUAUUAUGAUAGUGUUAACAUAUUAUCAGCAGUGUCAUCUAGCUUCUCCAGCCGGUGGGAUAAACGCUCUGUCUGUUUCACUCGGGCAUUUUCAGUCAGAAAUUUCAGAAAAAAACAACGAAAAGACAAAGAUUGAAGGCAAGAAGUUUGAAAGGUCUGUCACCUGUGCCUGUGCAGCUAUGUGUUGUUACCAGAAUAUUUUUGUUUAUUUGCAACUUAGAUUUUUUUUUAGUAAUAUUUAUUCUGUAGACUAGUCGUGUCCAACCCGCGGCACAGGAAGGUGAUGAAUGCGACCCAGCAAAAUAUCCUAAUAAAAUAAACUUAGAAUUUUAUGAUGAGCAGCAGGCAGAGGUAUUGGUGACAAAAUAUCACCGAAGAAAUGCUUUAUUUACUGUAAUUACAUUAAGGCUGUGGCUAUUGGUGGUUAACUACAAAUAGCGUCUAGGGAGCUAUUUGUAGUAAACUACCAAUAAUAAUAAUAGCUUCUAGGGAGCUAUUUGUAGUUAGUAAGGCAGUGUCUACACGUCCGGCGCGCUGGAUGUAUUUCUCCCGCACUAUUUGUCCGGCUACCAAGUCACAUGACCACCAUAACAAUGUUGCGUGAGAUAUUUGUCCGUAAGCCUUGUCCCUUGUCUCGUGACCGCGAAUGAUUUUAAAAUCUAUUUUUCUACCAAGUAAUUUACCGAGUAUCUUGCAAACAAAUAAUAGAAAAAAAUGCUUCGGUAUAUUACCAAAAAAAGAGGGGGUUAAGCAAUAAUGCAUUCUAGAAGGAAGUAAUCAUAAGAGGGAGUGAAGAGAGAAUUAAAGUAAUAAAAUUACGAAUGCUUGGAAAAUAAUAGUCAGUUUGAUAAAUAAUUAUGUUUAAGGCAUUGAGGCCGAUAGGUCACAAAGAAAUAGACCCUACAUCUUAAUAUAGGCUGAUAUAGUGGAAGCCUAGCCUACAUCUCAUGCAAUACUAAAUACUAGUCCUGAAAAACAACUUUAUUGACAUAGGUCUAUUGAAUCCUACUGGACUCAUUUUAUUAGGUACAUAUUUUAAGUUUAGGCUUCAAGGUAGAGCUUUACAAGUAUUAGUACAAAUAGUUAGUAUAUAGACCGACUAGUUUAAUAUUCAAAGUCAAACACUUUAUUUAUCUCAGAGCAUUUGAAUAUAUUAACAUGUUCAGCAUUUAUUUAUUAUCUAGGGAUGGGAAUAUCAAAUGCAAUGCAACUAUUUUGCCGACGACCACUUGUCACAUGCUCUGCCAGAAAAAAAACGCCUACUAGUCGUCCGGCGGUCACAUGACAUGCUCGCUGGAUGUAUAUCUCCCACACUGUGUGUCCGCUUAUAGAGAGCUAUUGGUACUCCACUACCAGUAGCUUCUACUUCUAAAAAAAAACAAACUACCAAUUGGUGAUAGAUGGAUGUAGUGCAAUAAUUAUUGGUUGUCACAAUUUAUUUUUGAUUACAACAUUGAAAUCACUCUAAAAUAUGCCCCCAAAAAAAAAAAUGUGCCAAAAAAAUUUAUUGUUUGAGUCUAGUCUCUUAAAUUCACUCCAAUCGGAUUUUCAAGACAUAAUACAUUAUUUUUCUUUCAUUGUAUAUAUUUUAUUUAUGUAUCACAGCUUAUGUUUUCAUCAAAAUUAUGUGCAGUUUAAAACAUUGAUUCUGUAUGGCAUUGAAAAACAAAUAGUGAAUAGUGAUUCCUAGACAUAAAUUGAUUAAUUUGUGGUAUGGUUGCACAAUAUACCCAAUGAAAAUUGUACAUAAAAAUAUUGACGCAUUUAUUAUUUAACGAGGGCUCAUUUAUGUAAAUAACACUCAGUAGACAAUUCUCCCAACAACAGAAAAUCAAAACUGGCGCGGGGGGGGGGUUAGUUUUGGGUUGUGUUUGGUUCAAGUGAUCAUGUUCCUAAAAAAUGAUUGGCCUAAGCUUAUUUUAUCAUCGUUAAGCGUAAUCACAUUAUUAUACAGUUUCAUUUAACUACAUUGAUAUGAUUUAGUUUUUAAUAUGCACACUUUGUAUACAGUUAAACUUCUUAUGGUAAUUAUUUCGGCCUGUAUUUUAAUUUAUAAUUUUAAUCAAAAUAAUUAGAUGGAUUUUAUUUUUAUUGCACAUCUUAAUUUAGCUUUGGCUAAAGAGGAAACUGUGUAACAUUUUUUCGGAGUAAGAUCCCUGACCCUUUCCCCCAGUAUCAUACAUCUAUCUAAGAUCUAUAUUAAUUAGGUCUAUAUUAUUUAUAAAUUAUAUAGCCAUAUCUAAGCAUGGGGAAGGCUACAGUAGAUAGUGUUACAACUUUAUUGUAGAUUUUAUAAUUAUUAAUUAGUGCCGAGGUGUUGUCACUAUUACACUCUAGUAAUAAAUGAACAUGGCAAUACUUCGCCAGCCUCAUUGGAAGCGGAUUUUUUAAGCUAGGAAUUUGGUUUGAUUUGAUUGGCUGGACUACCAAUAGCUCUCUAGAAGGUAUUGGUAGUUUACUACAAAGAGCUCCCUGCACUAACUAGAAGCUAUAGGUAUUGAACUACUAAUAUACACUUUAUUACAUUAAUUAAAAGACACAACUAAAUCAAGAGAUUAAUUUUUGUCGGAAGCAGUGAAUUUAAAUAUUUAUUAUAAAUAACUGUAUGUUAAAGUGAUUUCCUUUGUUCACUGAGUGAGAGCAUUUUUGGUAUAGGCUAAUUAUUUAAGUUAAUUUAUAACUACUAAUACUGAUGGUGCCCCAAUGAUGAUAGGUAAAAUAGAUUGAUUGAUUGGAUAUUUAUGUAGCGCUGGUAUCCAUGCUACUUUAGCAAGCUCAUGCUUAAAUGUUUCUUAAACGAUUUUUUAUCAUUUUCAAAUCCCCUCAAACUAUUCCAUAAUUUUCAAAAGAGCGCACUCCGUAAGACUUUUUUCUGUGUUCAUCCACACUGGGAAUUUUCAGUAAUGUUUGUGUUGAAGAACCCAGGCUCUCUAAGGAUACAUGUUUAUAAAUCAGUUCUUUAAGUUAUCCGGUGCAGAGCCUUCUAUGCAGCUGUACGCCAGGGACAAAGUUUUAUAAUUAAUGCGCUUUAAAUUUUUGUGUAGUUUACACAUAAAAAAGAUGAAAUUGUAAAAUUAAAAGAGGACAAUGCACUGCCUCUCAAAAUUUAUGUAUGAUGAAAUACCACUGUAUAAGAGCUAAGGGAUUUAUAUUACUGAUUGAAAUUCCAGGCAUUUAAUAAUAAUUCAUUUACUUUUUGGAUGCUGACUAAAUCAAGUCCUUUAUGACUUUAUGGAAUAAAAAAAACUCUGCCAGAUGAUGUAAACGCUCUCUUUGGUAUUUUUAUUAGACUUAACUGCUCAGCUAAAUGAUUUAUUUUAACACAGUCUUCAAAGUGCCAAAUCACCUGAUCAAUACCAAGUUUUAAACCAUAAGAGCCUUCAAAAUGAAAUAGAAAAUAUUUCAAUCUCAAAUGAAGACAUUGGCUAAACUGGUUCUUUGAACAAUACAAAAAUAUGCAGUCUUGCCUUUCAAUUUGGUUUGAUACAGGAAUUUGAGAAAAGGUUUCAACAUUUCGUUACGUACUAUUAUCAAUAUGGAUAAAUUAAUCUCUUAUUUAAGUAUAUGUAUGGCUCAUUCUAAAACAGUACACAACAAAAGAUAAAACCAUAUGAUAAAUACAAUAACAGAGAAUACAAUACUCAAACCAGGGCUAAUUACAAUUAAUAAGUUUUAUUAAGUUAAUAAUACAUUACAAAAUCAAAAAGAAAUAUAAUUAAAGCUAUUGACCAAUAGAAUAAUGAUUGGCUUGUACCAAUACAGUGUUGAAGAAGAUACAAUGUUGUAAAAAUGUACAUUGAUGAAAAGGAAUCUACAAACUCACAGUAAACAAAUCCCUGUCUUGUAGCAAAAAUAGCACACGCUCACAAAUAUUUCUCGUUAGUCGUCUCUGAAUCUGCCUCCUGUCGCUCAAUCUCUCGGCUUUUAUAACCUGUUUUUUUAGAUAAUUCUAGAAGGCUACGCAUUGUACUCGCUUUCCGCUGCUUCUACAAUAUUCUACCAAAUUUGAAUCAUGAAACAGACCAUAGAUUUGUUAAUUGUAGCCGAGGUCAAAAGAAGAUUAUAACUAGUAUGUCACACCCUACUAAUAGUGCAGCCGAAUUGGGUCAGCUUAAGUUCAUUCAACAGAAAAGAUUAAUGAAAUAAACAGGGCAUAUAACAAUUUCCUUAAAAAUCAUAAAUCUUUUGGUAAAUUUGCAAUAUUUUCUGUCAAUAUAAACAUAUUAAAUGUCAAUUUUCACAUGAAAAGCUUAAAGCUACAAUCUGACAUUCAACUUAAAGAAAAAUUUGAUCAUGUAUCUUAAAUUGGACUUCUACUUGAAUACGACAUAUCUUCCAGGUUUCUUCAAGUCAUCGCUAUUAGGAAGCAUCAACAUUUAUGAUGUGCUAUUUUCAAAGAUGAAACCCACAAACAAAACAACUUGAACUUCAACCAAAAACAUCUGAUGAGCACCUUGAUAACUUACUCAGAAUUGCAUUGCAUCUUCUUUAUUUAACACAAUAUAGGAACAUUAAAGUCUCAAAAACAAUGUAAAAAUUCUCACUAAUUUCAAUUUGGGGGGCAAAAUUUCAUCUACCAAGGGUCCUCUAAAGGUCUUAACUCACACCGAGUACAUUGAAUCAAAAAUUUAAUUUAUUUCCUUCUUGCAUUUUUAUUUUUCACAGAUGAAGCGUAGUGGUACUACCUCCAGAAAAGUGAUGUUUUCCAGAAUUCUAACAAUCCUAGGAUUUUUAUCUUUUAUAGAUACCUCUGCUGCUGUCAACAACAGACCAUUUAUUGGUAAAAAAUAAAAACACUGAAAUUAGUACCGGUAGUUAAAGUUUAAACAAAAAGUGAUUACUCAAACAAAAAAUUUAGACAAAGAGAAUAUAUUUAUAAUAACCAAUUUUUUUUUCCAAGGAAUAAUGUUUAAGCAUUUAAACUUCUGAUAAAGGUACCCGGUUUACAAUCAUAAACUUUUGGUUUUUAAUCCUUCAACUUUGCUUCAUUCAUAUGAACCUUUUUUUUUACACUUUUCUUAAAACUAUCUUAGGAAUGUUAUUGAUUUUUGUUUGGCAUGUCACCUGGGGCAAAAACUAGAUACACUAAAAAUGUGAUCUAAUAGUUUAGUAAAAUACUGGUAAAUGGAAUAUAGAUGAUGCAAAUGUUGAAGUUAUCCAACCCAAUUUUUAACAUCUUUAAUUUUAUUUGUAGGUAUUCUUACUGAACCUACAACAACAUUCCAGUAUGGACAAGAAUUCAUUCAGACAUCUUAUGUUUCAUUUCUGGAAAUGGCUGGUGCACACGUGGUUCCAGUAAGGUAAGAUCUGAAUUAAUUUUGAUUUGAAUAAAUUUAACAUUUUCUUUUUACAGGUACAUCACUUUGUCUUGUAAUUCUGUCUUUUUAUUUAUUAAUGUGAUCUGACAUGCAUUUCUGAAGUCACUGGUUAGUGAUAAACUUUGCAGGGGUUUUUAUUCCCAUCUGUUCAAACAGUCAAGAGUUGUUUUUUUUCAAUUUACUACCGGGUAUUUAAUUAACCUUUCCACUAUUCUCACCAUUGGGUCUAAUAGAACGCUCAAUAGUUUAAAAUUACAGUAAAAUUUUACAAUUGUCUGCUCCUCUAGAACUCUUCAUUUUCAAUUAUUUUAAUUUUGAGUUGGUACUUUUUAAAAUAGUUCAACUAAGAAAUUACCAGUAAGUGGGGGUGACAUAAUAAUUUAUUUUAAAUUUCAUUGACAAAUACAAAUGUAUUCAUUUUUCAUACUGUAGUGAAUACAAUAGUUUUCAAGACUUUGUUGUCUGUUCUCUGUUAAUAAUAUAAGUUAAGUUAGAGCUGGGACAUGGGAUUUCACCCCUUCAAGUGCCAGACCCAGUCAGUCUUGAGAAGUAGAAUUAAGAAACCUUCCACACCACUCUUACGAACUGCAUGGUAAUAUGCUUGAGUCAGUUUCCUCAGUAAGGUACCUCAGUGUUUCCAUUCAAAGAGAGGUACGCUCGGACGACCACAUUAACAAUGUGUGCAACCAGGCAAAUCUAAGGAUCCAGCAUUAAACAGUAACUCAUCCCUCUCCCCCCUAGACAGCGAUGAGGCCAUGACAGGCAGUUCUACAACAGCAAGAGCACAGUACUGAAACUGAUCAUUCGUGCCAAAGACAAACAGCGACUGGAAAAAGAUUCCAAAAGGAACAGUUGAGGUGACAACACUUGACACAUUUGCGUCUAUUGCUUCCUGCCUUCCAACCCCCAGUUCCUAAUACCAUCGCUGAGUCGCCCUUGCAACCAGUGAAGUAUCCACUUCAAAACCAUCCACUGAACAUCGCAAACCCCCUCUACAAACAUAGGUGCCAGAAUGAUCAAUAUAUUAAUCGUGGGCCCUGAAAAUAUAGAAGAAGAAGAAGCUCCAAAGAUUCUUCUUUUUCUUAAAAACUUUCUUUCUACUUGCAUUUCCAUCUUGUGGAACUUAAGUUUUGGCUGUACAAACAUGACAUUUUAAGAGUCUUUCUCAUGCAGUAUUCACCAGGUGAGAGCGGCUGGAAAGUAUACUGGGUCGAUGGAGGACAGUUGCACUGUCGCUCAAAUUACCGUCUUACCUUGCAUUAUGCAUUUUAAGACUUUUUAAAAUUAUUUUAUGCUUUUUAAUGGUUUAAACUCAUAUUUGAUAGAAAGUAUUUUUUUUUUUAAAAGUUUAAAAAAAAUUUUUUUAUUCAAAUCCUAGUUCAUUAUUUAUAUAAAAAAUACUAGAUGAAAAAGAAAUUAAAAAUAAUUGGGCAAUGUUGACUAGAAUAUAAAACUAGUUCAUUAUAUAAAAUUUUUAUUUCAUUUAAAAAUAUCAACAUUUUAAAAAAUGACGAUUUUGUUCACAGAGGAAAGCAGCCAAAGCAAUAUUAUGAACAAUUAUUCAAGAAUAUCAAUGGGUUAGUCUAAAUAAUACAAUAUAGUAGUUUUCUUUUCAUCUCAUGUUCCUUUACCUAAUUGCACUCAAAUGUAUAAGUCAUCCUGAGUAUGUUCAUUAUUUAUAUUUUUGCAGAUAUAGCUUUGUUUCAUGAUAUUUUUAAUAAUGGGUAAUUUGGCCUGGUAUGGUAGAAUGUUUGCUGUAUAUUUAACCAAAAAAACUAAUUGCUAAAAGCCCAUUUAUUAUUUUGUUAAUUUAAAUUAAAAUAUAGUAAAACUUUAUUUAAAGUAUAAAAUCAAACAUUCCUAACCAGAGUCCUAUUCCCUGGUGGUGCUGCUGAUAUAAAUACAGGCCCAUAUUACCAAUCUGGACGAUAUCUUUAUGACUUGGCUAUUCAGGUAAAACAAGUGCAUUAUAAAAUGCUGAUUUAAGUUAAUGAGCCCUUUGAAUCACCAGGUAUAGUCUAUAUAAACAUGAAUGGUUUGAGCUUAAAAUUUAUGGAAAAUUGAUAAAUCCUCCAAAAGUCUAAUAUUUGAAAUGUCACUAAUUGCAAAAAUUUUCAGUGUUAUUAUUAUAAAUGAUUAAUUUUUAUACAACAGGCAAAUGAUAAGGGAGACUAUUUUCCUAUUUGGGGUACUUGCCUUGGAAAAUUGAUAAAUCCUCCAAAAGUCUAAUAUUUGAAAUGUCACUAAUUGCAAAAAUUUUCAGUGUUAUUAUUAUAAAUGAUUAAUUUUUAUACAACAGGCAAAUGAUAAGGGAGACUAUUUUCCUAUUUGGGGUACUUGCCUUGGUCUUGAAUUAUUGACCACAUUAACUGCAAACAAGAACUACCUACAGAGAACGGAGACAGAAAAUCUUACACUGCCAUUAAAGUUUCAAAAAGGUAAUCAAUGUUUACCUAAUUUCUUAAAUUUGAAUCCAAAUCAUGCAAACAAUAAUUACAUUUUUCUGAUAAUGCUGUAUGUAGUAUGAAAAUUUAACCAAAAAAAUCAUCUGUGAAAUUACUUAUUAGACUCUGAGUUACACAUGCAUAAAAAUUAAUUUUCCCAAAAAUGUGGAAAUUAAAAUUAAAACAGUUACUACCCUACCCUUAGUGGUGCAUGGAGAAAAGUAUUUUUCAUCUCACAAGAAAUUGAACCAUUUGAGAAUGUAGUCAGAUUAUUUAAUAGCAGUAAUCUAAUAGAACUUCAAGUCAGAUUAUGACAAGAUUCACUUUUGAUUUAGAAUCUACUGGUAAGUUAGUAAAGCCAUUAAAGAUAUUGAUGAAAUACAGAGAGAAAGUCUAUUUUUAAAUAUUUUAUAGUGUUGGAGGAAAGGGGGCUAACUGAAAUUGAAUAUCAUUUUUCUUUUUAGGUUUCCAGAACAGUCGACUUUUCAAAGAUGCACCCUCAGAUUUGGUAAAAAUCUUAACCACAGAAUCAAUCACUCAAAAUAAUCAUAAUUGGAGUCUCCUGCUGGCGGUGAGUAAAAUAUAA